AGAGAAGUCCCGUGCGAGCGAGUUUGAUAUCGCGGUCCUUGAGGAUGAGAUAUCAGCGAAGAUUGAGGAGAGGACUGAUGGGGAGGAUUGGGAUUACGGUGAUCUCGAUGUCUCUUGCCGCUCACUUUCCGGGCGUGGUUCUAUACAGACUCAGACUAUCACGGACUUUACUGAAGUCGUCGCGAAACGUAUCCAUACGAUGUCGGAGGAUAUCGUUACCGAACGGCCCCAUUCCCCAGUCCGGGUGAUAUUCUCUGUCCGGAUAACCUGCGAGGGUAUUAAGGGAAAAAAGCGUAUAAAGACAGCGACUCCAAAAGCACAAGAUCAUGCUCUCCCUGUACGGAUUACCAGCUCGCCUUCUGCCCCGGACUCUUCCUCAAAGACCACUCGUCGUACGCAGAACCUGUUAUCUCAACAGGACGCUCGGAUGGAGCGUAUACAAGUGGCUGGCGCCUAUGAGAAACAGAUCACCGAUCGAUGGCAGUGCCACGACGAGAACUGUAACAACUGGCGUGGUUUCUGUUGGGUUGACCCAACAGAUCAUCUCCAUUAUAACAUGACCGCUAUCCAUCAGCAGUCCUGGGCUAACGCGAUACGCGCAGGAGACGCAACGCUGACCAGCCCGCCUGUCAAAUUGGUUCGUGUCUGGCAACAGGAUGGGGCCGUGAAUAAGCUUGCUCGUCGCCCAAAGCAGUUAUCUGCCGCACAGCAGUCGAAAUCGAUGAUGGAAUCGUUCCAGGAGACUCAGAAACAGAUAAUGGAGAUGACACAGAUACAGAUGCAGAUGGAGAUGCAGGAACAGAUGCAGAGGAAUAACGAGCGACGAUCUCAACGUCAGGAACAAAGAGAGAUGGCAGAACAGGUGUCUAUGGCUCGCCCUCCAUACGGGCAAUCGUCGUUAUACGGACGUGGUUUCGACGCCGGCACGCCGUUCCAAUUUCCUGGAUCGGACCAUCAUCGCACUCCUGUAGAUCAGUUUCGCGGGCCACCGUCGGAUAUCAACCAUCCGCCUACCACAUUCGCGAACACUGAAUAUCGCCCUCAGUCUGCUCAAGACCACCGCCCUCGUCAAGCUUCUGUCGCCCCCAUCUCCCAAAGCGCUCCAUCGAGCCCCAUCAACACGGACGAAGACGAUAUCGAGAUAGUGAUAAAGUUCUUUGAUUGGAAGAUCCGGAACACGCAAUCGGAGAUACGUCAGGAUAAAUUGAUGCGGGCUAAGGAGACCAUUGUACAAAACGACUGGACGCUAGAUGAUAUGAAGACUAUGUCUGAUCCAGAUACACGGUUAUACUCACUCGCUCUAGCGAAGGGUAUCACUGACGGUAUGGCACGUCAGUUUAAGUCAGAUCUACGCCUGUUCAAGAGCGAGGUUAAGGGCAAGGGCCAUAUCGAUGCUGCGAGAACAGCAUCCGCCCUACUGGAUAUGCGUAAUCCGAGGGUAACCGGAACCGGAGGAGGUUUCCUCCCUCCACGGGAUGAUCCUAUAUGAAGUUCUACCACGGGAUGUUCCUAGAUCAUGCCUUCUUUCCCUAUCUCUCAUUCGUUUGCCUGUCCCCACUAGUCCCUCGGCGGGGUGGUCGGGGGAACAGAUAAUCUGGGUUCGAAUCUCG